AUGUCGACAAUAGAAAAGCUGAAUACCGAGAAGAACGGACAGCACAAGCAUAUACUGUCUCAUGCGACCAAGAUUCCCGGUCUCAUCUUUCUGUCUGGACAAACGCCCGUGGAUGUGAAUGGGAGCGUCGUCCCGGGCGGAAUCAAAGAGCAUACAGCGCAAUGCAUCAAUAAUCUCGGAAACGUUCUCGAAGCUUCCGGGUCAUCUUGGGAAAAAGUCGUCAAAGUCAACGUGUAUUUGAAGAACAUGGACGAUUUCGCGCAGAUGAACGAGAUUUAUAGUGAGUUGCUUCCUACGCCCAAGCCAGCACGUACGUGUAUCCAAGCUGCUAAACUGCCGAACGAUGUGGAUGUGGAAAUCGAGGCGAUUGCGACUUAUUACUCUGCAUAUGUCGCUAUUGCUGUCAUUAGGCUUGUGGACUACCAGUUGACUAUUGCUUGUCAUCGCUAUUGGCUCUCAUUGGGGUAUCUCUUGUCGUAUCCUACAUACGCUCCGGCUCAGUGA